AUGAGGUUUCCUCUAGCACUGUUAUUUGGGAUCAUCUUCGCCUCUGUUGCAACUGCCAGUCCAAUUGUGGGUGGCGCUGGUGUUCGUUCUCCUUCAGAGGCCCAGCCCGUCACCGCGCACGAGGAGCUCUCAGACCCUGCCUUGAUGUUGGCCACGGUUAGAGGAACGACCUUUGGUUUCUCCGUCACCGUCGAUGAAUAUUGUGAUAACCAAACCAAAAAGAUGGGAUUGCAGUGGAUAAACACCCGUGACCACGCCUCGGUCGACAUCCCAGAUAUGUCAGACCCUGGGGCUGCGUACUUUGUAAACACGGAGGUUGGACCAGUGAAAUUGACAAUGGGUACCGGUAGCUCUGUUCUCAAUUUUCAAUUCGGAACUUGCAAGUGGUCCAUGGACAGGUUCAACAGUCAGGCUUGUGGCUUCUGCGUCGUCAAUGGAUGGAAGGGCAACGGUCAUCAGCCUGACUGCAAAUCCAAGCCAAUAUUUGCGAGAUCCUACAUAGCUUCGUGCAUAUUCGACUUUACACGCGCCGGUCCGGUGCCCAUGCCCUACGACAUCCCAAAGCUGAUUAAGAGAAAAAACAUCCCAUACAUCGACACCCCAAAGCUGAUUAAGAGAAAGAACAUCCCAUCCAUCGAUACCACCACUCCCAACAACCCUGUCCACGCCCUCACAAAUCCCCCCACUACUUCCCCAGAAUCCCUCGUCACAGCCUCCCGCUCACGUGUAGACACCAUCAAGGAGCACUAUUGGGACCUAGACGGCACCCGCUACACCAUCGUCAUCCUCCCCUUUCACGUCACCCUCACCGACUACUGCGACCAGCACCAGCGCCAGGUCAAAGCGAGCUUCUACAAUGGCCGUCAACCAAGCAUUCAGAAUCUCCAGCUUGGGCCCGAGGAGAAACAGACUGUAAACCACGGCGUCAAAGCGUACAAGAACUUGACGAUUGGCGCUUUUGACUGGGAACGUAACCGCCUUCGGCUCGAAUAUGAGGGCUGCACGUGGUAUGAUGAUGAGACGUGGAAGGAGUGUGGCGAGUGUCGGGCUGCGCAGUGGUCUGGGCAGGCACCGAAGUGUGAGGAGGGUGGUCGACCUAGGAAAUGGAUUGCUCCAUGUGGCUUGGUAUACAUGACGGGUGGCUUUGAAUCUUGA